CAGGAUCUUUAAUGGAUUCAACAGAAGAAACAAACAGAACCAGAUGAACCCACGAAAGAUGUAGAACCACUGGUCCGGAUCCACUGGACCAGAACCGCUGGUCCGGAUCCAGAUCCAUUGAUCCAGAACCACUGGUCCGGAUCCACUGUUCCAGAACUACUGAACCAGAUCCAGAUCCAGUGAUCCGGAUCCACUGGUCCAGAACCAGAACCUGCAGAACAGUGAGACGUUGAUGUGUUCAGUGUUAAACUAAAAACAGGAAACAUUCGGAUCCAGAAAACUGAACAUUAAUCAUCAAAUGUCUGGAUUUAAUUGAUUAAAUCAGGUCAUUUAACUUUUAGACUAGAUUUUUAAAGCGGUACCAGAGUAAAAACAGGAACAGCUGAACAGAAUUGAAAGAAAUGGACCCAAUGGAACAAGUUGGACUGAUCCUCACGGACUUCUAUGAUGGGGGAGAUUAUUAUUAUUAGUAGUAGUAGUACUAUUAUUAGUAUUAUUAAUCUAAAAAGUAAAUUAUGAAUUAAAAACUUACCCUAAAACCCAACACAUCAAAUGUCUAAAGGAUUGGACAGAAAGAAGUCUGAUUUUAAGGCACAAAUAUCCUUUUGUUUGGUUCAUUUUACUGAAAUUCAACCAGUGAAACAGUUCUAGAAGCACCACAGAACCAGAACCUUUAACUCCACUCACAUGAACCAGAAUAAUGACACUAAUGUAUUUAACAAACUUAUAGUCAGUCACAGUUUCAUCUUAAAACAGCUUUGGUUGUUGACGUCAUGUGUUUCAGGUCAGAGGAGGUGGUCCAGGUAUGCCCCAGGCUCCGCCCCCUCCUCACCUGUGUCCUCCCUAUGUUCUAGUGCCCCCUGGUGGACCGCGGCUCCACGUCUGUUCUCUGGCACUUCAUCUGCAGAUCAGCUGACCCUGGAGGGCGUGGCCAAAGACAUCCGAGACAGGAAGUUGAAGCGGGUGGUGGUGAUGGCAGGGGCAGGGAUCAGCACGCCGAGCGGAAUCCCAGAUUUCAGGUCUCCGGGCAGUGGUCUCUAUGACAACCUCCAGCAGUACAACCUGCCGUAUGCCGAGGCCAUCUUCGACAUCGGCUUCUUCCACCGUGACCCCAGGCCCUUCUUCGCCCUGGCCAAAGCGCUGUACCCUGGGUCGUACCGGCCCAACGCCGCACACCACUUCAUCUGCCUGCUGCACCAGAAGAACCAGCUGCUGCGCAUGUACACGCAGAACAUCGACGGCUUGGAGCGCCUCGCUGGGGUUCCUCCAGAGAAGCUGGUCGAAGCUCAUGGAACGUUUUCCACGGCAACGUGUACCGUGUGUCGGAGGAAAUACGACGGCGCUGACCUCAGGCCUGAUGUGAUGAAGGGGGCAGUGCCAAAGUGUCCCACCUGCACAGGUGUGGUGAAACCUGACAUCGUGUUCUUUGGGGAGGAGCUUCCUGUUCACUUCUUCAAGUACCUGACAGACUUCCCUAUGGCCGACCUGCUGAUCAUCAUGGGCACGUCUCUGGAGGUGGAGCCCUUCGCCAGUCUGGCCGGAGCCGUCAGAGGUUCGGUUCCUCGUCUGCUCAUCAACAGGGACCGGGUCGGCCCGUUUGUUGGGGGGCGGCGCCACCGGGACGUGGUUCAGCUCGGAGACGUGGUCCAGGGAGUCCAGGCUCUGGUGGACGCUGUGGGGUGGACUGAAGACCUGAAGGCCCUGAUGGACGCGCACACGGUCAAACAGACGGAGGAGUGAUGGACGAAGUUUCACACACAGGCUCUGAAGCUGAAGUUCACCUUUAAAUAUACUGAACCCACUUCAGGAAUUAGACUGAUCCCUAAUGGAGACAUUUCAGUCCAUUUAAACAUUAAAUCUCUACGUUUUUGUCACAAUUAUCCAAAGAAAAAGAGACAAUCAGCCUUGUUUCCACUUUAACAUCCCCUACGUCUCAAUGUUUCCACCUGUGUUCCCGGUUAAAAGGGUUCCACUGUCAUGGUUCCACUGUCGUGGUUCCACUGUUGUGGUUCCACUCUUCCGUUCUCCUCCAGGUUGAAUCCAGUGGCGUCUGUAACUGGUUUAUUCCAUUUACACCAGAUUCACUUGGUUUGUUUUUGAAUCAUCAGAAGAAAAACUCGUAGAAGUGGGUGUUGCCCACCAACAUGUGACCAAUCAGCUGUAUUGUUUCCAGUUGAACACACAGAUGAUUAAUAAUUGUAAUAAUGGGUCAAUGACACAAAUGGAACUGGGCCCAGAUGAAGACCUUUCAGUUUCAUCAAAUAAAUCAGAACUUUUGGUUUUUAUUUUGUUGUAAAUUCAACUUUAAUAAAUUUAAUCUGAGAGAAUCUGCAUUUUUCUGCAAAUAUUUAACUUUAAUUUUAGAUAACAUGAACAUAUUUGAUGUAAAUUUUCUUCUUUAUUGUUAUAAAAUCCUGGUUUUAAUCAUUAGUUUCUUUUCAGUUUUUCUGCUCCUUUAUUUUUCUUCAUUAACUUAGGUUUUUUCUUCUACAUUUUCAGCUUUAAUCGGUUUCUGGGUGAAUCUACGAGUUUAAAUGUGUCCAAUGGAAGUUUUUUGUGUCUCCACUCCCUCUAGUGGGGGUUGGAAUAAACUGAAUCAAAGUCCGGGAAUGUUGGAGGAAAAGGGUC